GAAAAAGCGGGGAAACUAAAAAAGGUUUCCGGCCGGCGAUAUUUCGCUGUUACACAUAGUUGGAAAGUGCUACGCCAGGACUACAGUCAGCUGUGAUGGCCAAACUUCAGGGCUUUGAGUUUUGGAGGAAAACUCUGAAGGAGGCACGCUAUGUGGUGGCUCCCAUGGUGGACCAGAGCGAGCUGGCUUGGCGUUUGCUUAGCCGCCGGCAUGGUGCUCAGCUUUGCUACACCCCCAUGCUGCAUGCUCAGGUGUUUGUCCGUGACGCCAACUACAGGAGGGAAAACCUCUACAGUGAAGUUUGUGAGGAGGACAGGCCUCUUAUUACACAGUUUUGUGCCAAUGAUCCAGAGGUGUUCCUUCAGGCAGCUUUGCUGGCUCAGGAUUAUUGUGACGCCAUUGAUCUCAACCUGGGCUGUCCACAGAUGAUCGCUAAGAGAGGACACUAUGGAGUUUUUCUACAAGAUGAAUGGGACCUUUUGGAAAAAAUGGUCAGCUUAGCCAACGAAAAGCUCAAAGUGCCAAUCACGUGCAAGAUCCGCGUGUUCAAGGAGGUUGAAAAGACAGUCCGCUAUGCCCAGAUGCUCGAGAAAGCUGGAUGUCAGCUGCUGACAGUGCACGGCAGAACCAAAGACCAGAAAGGCGCCAUGACAGGUAUCGCUAGCUGGGAGCACAUAAAGGCUGUACGGCAGGCGGUAAAUAUUCCAGUAUUUGCUAAUGGCAACAUCCAGCACCUCAGUGAUGUGGAGCGCUGCAUUCAGGAAACAGGCGUGCAGGGAGUGAUGAGUGCAGAGGGGAACCUCCAUAACCCAGCGCUGUUUGAAGGCCGCAGCCCCGCGGUGUGGGAAAUGGCUGAGGAGUAUCUAGAGGUGGUGAAGCGGUAUCCUCCAUGCACUCUGUCCUACGUUCGAGCCCACCUCUUCAAGCUCUGGCAUCACACGCUGCAGAUCCACCAGGACCUGAGGGAGGAGUUGGCCAAGGUGAAGACCCUGGAGGGUUUGGCUGACGUUAGCAAACAGCUGAGACUUCGCUGUCAGGAGGAGAUAGCCAAAGAAAAAGAUUCUGAAGAUAAAGAAAGCAGACUUCCUUUCCCCCACUGGAUCUGCCAGCCAUAUGUCAGACCAGUGCCAAAGGAGACGGUUACCAACGGUAACAUCCAUGCAUCAGUGUUGAAGAAGACAGUUUGUCAGAAGAGGGCACUGGAGGACUGUGAUGGAUCAGCUGACACACUCUCCAAAAACAAGCAGAAGAAGAGAUCCCGCAACCCCAAAAAGAACUUCUGCCCCGAACAGAAACCCAAAUACAUCAAAUGUGAACAAUGUGGUAACCCAAAGGGAAAUAAGUGCGUCUUCAGCUUGUGUCGAGGCUGCUGUAAGAAGAAGGCUUACAAAGAAGUGGCAGACUGUCCAAGCCACGGGCUGAGGUUCAAGACCAAGGCAGAGAAACGGAAAGCAGAGGAAAAGGAGCAAGCGGAGAGAUCCACAACAGAGGUGGAGACAAGCGACCGCAUUCCUCAGCCUCUGCAGGAUUCAAGAAGGGAACUGGAGGAGCCUCUGCCGCUGCUAUGAGCAGGACUGCAGCCAUCUCUGCGUGCACAAACCACACACUCACUGGAGGGUGGAAGCAGUGCAUGCAGUAGUCAGUACAUACUGUGUACACAGCUGCUAAGUAGUCUGUUUGGUGAAGUGUGGACAUCAAUCAACAGACCAAAAAAUAAAGCUUAUUUUUAUGUAAAAGGGAUUUCUAGGUGAAUAAGCAGUCGGGGUGGGGGACUGGACUUCUGAAAAUGCAAUGGUUCAAAUAUAAUUUAUUUAUUUUUUACAUUUUUUUUUAAGGACAGAUAUUAUAAAGACAUUAUUUUGCCCAAAGUUGUUGGUGAGUCUUCACAGGGAAAGAUUCAGUAACUCAUUGGUAGCAGAUAUGUUAUAAACACAUGUGGAUGCUGCAAUGCUGAACUGCUGUUCACUGGAACACUGUGCCAACAUAUACAUACAUUUAGAGCUCAGGGAGCGCACGGUCUCCUUUUGCUUAUUUCUCUGUGGAGGCAGAAAAUAUUUACAGUUUCUAAGUACUUGAACUGUAAAAUGAUUCUGAAGCAGUUUGGUUUGUUUCAAAUGCUGCAACUGUACUUAUGGUACGAGAUGUUUAGUCAAAUAUAAAUAGCAUUGUGUGCUUGAUUUUUGUAUCUACAACUUAAGCACACACGUUAAUGUCUGUCACGUUAAUGCUUUGAAACAUUCUGAUAAGUUAGGACUACCUAACCCAUCAUAGGGACUGAUAAGUGUCAUUUUCAGACUCUGAUACAUUACUUUGAUUAAAGCGUUCAUCUUCUUGUUCAAAUGUGACAUAAUCCAUCUUAAUUCAGUCAGACAUAAAAUAUCACAAAACCAAUUCUCACAAGUGGAACUUUACUUAUUUCUUAGUUUUGACAUAUAUUUAAAAUAAGUGGUGUUUCAUACAGGAGCUGGUCAGAAGCCUUAGUAUCGCCCAAGCAAGCUCUUUGACAAGCCUGGAUGCAGCAUCUA